GCCAGGUCUUACACCCACCGUGGGAAGAGGGGGCAGCGCCGGCGCCCAGCACCUGCCACUGGUGGGGGACACACUUGGGAGGAACAAAAAGCUAGAGUUGUUCCCCAGAACCAGUCCACCGAGGUUCUUAACAGCUGAGUCUGCAAGCCUGGAGAGAGCUUCAGCAGUAAUCUCCAAAUAACACAAGACUAUCUAUUUCUACACUGAAUUUCAAAAGAUUUUCCCUCAAGUAUUAUUGCUCUCCCCCUCCCACCACCCCCCACCAUGGCUUUGCGGCAGUAGAGAAAUAUUGUGUCUCAGCCAUCUACAGGAGGCUCUACCUCAGUUCAGAAUGACCACCCUGCCCCCACUGCCCAUGACAUGCCCAAAGCUUACGUCCUUAGCUAGACAGAAGCUGCCUUGCUCCCCCACAACAGCUCCAAGGUCUCAAUUGAUCAAAGAAAAAAAUGACAUAGAUCAUUAUCUGGAAGAGAAUUUCAAAGGAUUGUCAAAAGCGGAGGUUGCUGCUUACCGGAACUCGUACAAGAAGAACAUCUAUGUGGACAUGCUGCGAGACGGUUAUCAUAAGUCCUUUACUGAGCUCUUCUCUCUGAUGGAGCAGUGGGAUGCCGUGAGGGAUCCUGCGAGAUUUGGUUCCCUCUUUCUGCAGAGACCCCUGGAGGAGCAGCGUGAUAAGCUGGAUCACUUCUACCACUACCUGACCAGGGCCGAGGCGGCCGAAAGGAAAGAAUACUUUGAAGAUGUCUAUAAUAACUUGUAUGCUCUGGCCUGCUACUUCAAUAAUUCUGAAGACAGGUGGGUAAGGAACCACUUCUUCGAACGAUGUUUCAAGAUUGCUCAACUGAUCAAGAUGGACGGGGGGAAGAAAGAAGCCGAGGCGCACGGAAACAUGGGGCUUCUCUUUGAGGAAGACGGUCAGCUUCUGGAAGCUGCUGAGCAUUAUGAAGUAUUCCAUCAAUUGACGCAUGGGCGGAUGUGGAAAGAUGAGACAGGCCGCUUUCUCAACUUGUUGGCCUGUGAGAGUCUCCUGAGGACUUACAGAUUACUCUCAGACAAGAUGCUGGAAAAUAAAAAAUACAAACAGGCCAUCAGAAUUCUAAUAAAAGCUGCUGAAAUAGCCAAAGAAGGAAAUGACAGGAAGAUGGAAGGAGAAGCUUCCUAUUACUUGGGCUUAGCACACCUGGCUGCUGGAGAAUAUGAAACAGCAUUAACAGUCCUUAACACUUACAGUAAAAUCUCUACAGAGCUGGAUGAUGAUCUCAGCCUGGGGAGAGCAUAUGAGGCCAUCGCCAAGGUCCUGCAGAGCCAAGGAGAGAUGACAGAAGCAAUUAAAUACUUGAAAAAAGUCGUGAAAAUUGCAAGAAACAAUUUUCAAAACCUAGAUGUUGUGAGAGCAAGUACAAUGCUUGGAGACAUUUACAAUGAAAAAGGAUACUACAACAAAGCUUCUGAAUAUUUUCAGCAAGCUUUUGACACAACAGCAGAGCUCACAAACAUACCUCUAAUGGAUGAGACAAAAGUUCAUUAUGGAAUAGCAAAAGCUCAUCAGAUGAUGCAGACAGUGAAGAAUUACAUAGAAUCUGCGGACCUCACCAGCCUUGACUACCUGCUGUCAUGGAAGGAGAGUAGAAGCAACAUUGCCCCUGAUCCAAUCACUGAGUCUAGAAGAUCCACAAUGGAAAAUUUACGUCAAAAUUCAGAGCAUUUGGAAGAAGAACUAAAUUUCCGGAUAUCCAAAAGAAUGAGACUUAAACCAGCUUUUGAGUCAGCAAUAAAGCAAGAAGAAAUUUAUCAUGUCACUUUAGUCUUUGAUGCCUGUAAUAGGAGUAUGUUACAAAUAAUACAGAUAGAGUUAUAAUAAAACUCACUUUGACUAUGUUUUCAUUGGCUUCUGUAUUGCAGAAUUUACUCUAAAACAUCCAAAUCCAUGAAAAUAAAAUUUAUUCCAAAGCUUGAAAUAUCAGAAGUUAUCCAUAUAAUAAAUUGUAAAAUUUUUCCUCU